AUGCAUGAUGAUGAUAAUGAUAAUCGUGUGUAUAUUGAUGAAGAAUACAGCCUGCAUAUCAAAAAUGCUACAACAGCAAAACAGGACAAUCUUGUUUAUUAUACAAGCUGGGGUGAUUGGACGCCAUGUAGUGUUUGUGGCGCAGAAGGCGAGCGCAAAAGACGAGGUGGUGGUGCUGGGAAAAAAUUUGCAUCAGUCAAACUCGACAAAAUAGAAUUUCAAAACGUUAUGAAAAAAUUUCCAGAGACAACAGUUAUUGCUACAGAAGGAGACAGAGUUGAUUUAAUUUGUCCGGGGUCGUCGAUAGACACUCUUGUGUAUUGGAUAAAAGGAACAAAAUAUAUGUCGUCAUUAAAAUUACGUGAGGAGACGUCGGACAGAGUAGACAUUGAUGCAUAUAAUGUUUUUGUUAUACACACUUCACUGAUGGAAGAUUCCCGCUCAUACACAUGCGCUUAUGCUGGCAGAACACGAAUGAUUUUCCAUUUGAAAGUUCUCCCACCUCCUGGCUUGCCUCCAUGGGUUGAACACCUUCUGUAUUUGUGCUAUAGUUUUACGGUGGAUUUUUGGGUGUUUGUGAUUUUUCUCGCGGUACGACAUAAACACCGCCUUGUUGCACACACGACAAAGAGGUUUAAACCACAACGCUAUGAGGAUGCAAAUAACAAUGAAGAAGUACAGAAUAUGCAUCCUGAGAACGAGGCUCUGUUGCCGCGUGACUUUGAUAAAUAUUUGCCUGAGAACGAGGUUAUGUUGGCAAAUGACUUUGAUGAAUUUUCGACUGAGAACGAGGUUGUGUUGGCAAGUGACUUUGAUGAAUUUUCGACUGAGAACGAGGUUUUGGUGGCAAGUGACUUUGGUGAAUAUUCGACUGAGAACGAGGUUGUGUUGGCAAGUGACUUUGAUGAAUAUUCAGAAUAUGAAGAAGAGGAUUUGAUGCCAAAUAAUAAAUACAAUAAUACAUCAAAUCCUGAUCGAGAAUAG